CAAAACACUCGCACCUGCGAACAAGAAGCCAAGCCAACAAACUCUUUAUAUUUGUUGGCCGUCAUUAUCUGCAUUUAUUAUCUUAACUAGAGAGAGAGAGCCAGAGAGGGGUGAAAGGAGGGAAAAAAUGGAAAGUAACUCAUUUUCCAAUUUAGUUUUAUUUUUCUGCAUUUUCAUGGUGAUGGGCUCUGAGGUGAUCAAGUGUAGUGUCACUUAUGAUAAGAAGGCCAUUAUCAUUAAUGGGCAGAGGAAAAUUCUUCUAUCAGGCUCUAUACACUACCCAAGAAGCACCCCUGAUAUGUGGGAAGAUCUUAUAUUGAAGGCUAAAGAUGGUGGGUUAGAUGUUAUUGACACUUAUGUGUUUUGGAAUGGGCAUGAGUCAUCACCUGGCAAUUACAAUUUUAAAGGUAGAUACGAUCUUGUUGGGUUUGUUAAGACUGUUCAAAAAGCCGGGCUUUACGUUCAUCUGCGAAUUGGGCCUUACGUGUGUGCAGAAUGGAAUUACGGAGGUUUUCCUGUGUGGCUGAAAUAUGUGCCUGGCAUUAGCUUUAGAACAGACAACGAGCCCUUUAAGGCAGCUUUUAGAAAAUGGCAUUUGGUUUUAGCAAGUGUUAUUAUUUUUAUGGGAAAUUAUGGAGUACAGGCUGCAAUGCAACAGUUCACUCAGAAAAUCGUGGGCAUGAUGAAAAGUGAGAAGCUUUUCCAAUCACAAGGAGGUCCCAUUAUAUUAUCUCAAAUUGAGAAUGAAUAUGGUGCACAAAGGAGGGCACUUGGGUCGGCUGGUGAGGCGUACAUGAAUUGGGCAGCGAAAAUGGCCGUCGGUUUGGACACUGGAGUCCCGUGGGUCAUGUGCAAAGACGAUAAUGCCCCUGAUCCUUUGAUAAACACGUGCAAUGGCUUUUAUUGCGACUCGUUCACUCCAAACAGACCUUAUAAGCCAACUAUGUGGACUGAAGCUUGGACAGGAUGGUUCAAUGAGUUUGGGGGUACUCUUCAUCAACGUCCAGUUCAGGAUCUCGCGUUUGCAGUUGCUCGGUUCAUACAAAAGGGUGGUUCAUACAUAAACUAUUACAUGUACCAUGGAGGAACUAAUUUCGGGCGCACGGCUGGAGGUCCGUUUGUUACGACUAGCUAUGACUAUGAUGCCCCAAUUGAUGAAUAUGGGUCGAUUAGGGAACCAAAGCACGGUCAUUUAAAAGAACUCCACAAAGCCAUCAAGCUUUGUGAACAUGCAUUAGUCUCAUCGGACCCUAACGUUACUUCAUUAGGAAACUAUCAGCAGGCUUACGUAUUUUCCACAAAACAAGGAAACUGUGCGGCUUUUCUUUCGAACUUUGAUAGUAAAUCAGCUGUAAAGUUGAUGUUUAACAACAGGCACUAUAAUUUACCUCCUUGGUCAAUUAGCAUUCUUCCAGACUGCAAAAAUGUGGUCUUCAACACUGCAAAAAUCGGAACACAAACUUCGCAAGUUCGAAUGCAGCAGUCUAAUUCUGUGUUUCGCUCGUGGGAGUCAUAUGGCGAGGACACAACUUCAUAUGAAGAUAGUUCGGUUUUUAUAGCUAACGGGCUUUUGGAGCAAAUAAAUGUCACGAGGGAUUAUAGCGAUUAUUUGUGGUACACUACUAGUGUAAAAAUUGGUUCAUCGGAAUCAUUUUUACGAGUUGGGAAGAAGCCGAUACUGAAUGUGAACUCGAGAGGCCAUGCUAUACAUGUCUUUAUUAAUGGUCAGCUUGCAGGAUCUGCUUAUGGGACAAGGGUUAAUACAAGAUUCACAUUCAGUGGACCUGUUAACUUGAGAGCUGGAAAGAAUAAAAUCUCUCUGCUCAGCAUAGCCAUGGGCUUGCCGAACAAUGGAUUUCAUUUCGAGAAUUGGAACGUGGGAUUGGGGCGUGUGGAGCUGGAAGGGCUCGAUCAAGGGAAAAAAGACCUGAACAGGCAAACAUGGUCUUACCAGGUGGGAUUAAAAGGCGAGAAAAUAAAUUUGGUCUUACCCGAAAAGGUUUCCUCUGUCGAAUGGACGCGAGCAUAUUUUGACGCGCCAAGUGGCAAAGAGCCAUUGGCUCUGGACAUGAGGAGCAUGGGGAAAGGUCAAGUGUGGGUCAACGGUCAAAGCAUCGGUAGAUAUUGGCUGGCUAAGGCAAAUGGCAACUGUGGAGUUUGUCAAUAUAGCGGCACAUAUCGAUCACCAAAAUGCCAGCUUGGAUGCGGCCAACCGACUCAGCGCUGGUACCAUGUCCCAAGAUCUUGGCUGAAGCCUACGCAAAACCUGAUUGUAAUAUUCGAGGAGCUCGGUGGAGAUGCAUCGAGAAUCUCACUCGUCAAACGAACGACAUCUGGCGUGUGCGCCAAUGCGGUGGAACACAACCCAACAGUCGCGAAUUAUUACCUCACGGAGAGCAGAACAAAAAAUGCUCCACCAGGCAAAAGUUCACCUCCGAUGUGGGCCCGGCCAGUUGAUAUCAGCAAUCAAAUGUGCCUUGGGAAGGAAAGUUGUAAGCUUUCGGUGUCGAAUAGCUACUUUGGGAGUGAUCCUUGCCCGCGCGUUUUGAAGAGGUUAUCUGUUGAAGCUAUUUGCUCUAAUAUGGUGGCCUGAAGAAUUUCUUUACAUCAAAGAAGGCUACUGUGGAAAGAGUUAAAAUCGGAGGGAAAUGGAUAGUGUAGGGGUUUCAUGAAGUGAAAUGCUUGUGUCAUAACUUAUGACUCUGUGCAUGAUCAGGUUAAGGAAGUUUUGUAUUCUAUCUGUGGAUUUGGUAAUGUGAUAAAACUAUAGUUAUGCAGAAUCCCAGAAAGAAGUAUAGAUCUUCCUCUGUUUUUUAUUUCAUAUUUUCCGUUGUUCUUGUUCAUUCUUUCAAAAAAAAAAAAGACUGCUUGCAGGGAAAACAAAUCACAUUUGAACAUAAAAGAAACUCCACGAGUGAGAAAUACUUAUAGAAAUCUUCGUAGCAUAGAAUAUAAAAUAUCCAGAACAAAGGAAGCUAGGACAAAUCCCUUCAUAAAUUAUUACAUGCGCGAAUAGAAAGAACAACUAGAGAUCAGCAAAUUCAGGCAGUAGUAGUAAGGGCACCGUGUAGAGCAACUUUUUGCUGCAAGUCCUCCUUCUUUGCACCAACAAUCUUGUCAAUCACCUUCCCUUCUUUGAAGAACAAAAAGGUUGGCAUAGCCUCAACUUCAUGGUCCUCAGCCACAGCCUGCAGUUCAUCCACGUCAACCUUCAGGAAAAUAACAUGGGGCGUUUUCUUGGCAAUUUCGGCCAAAAUGGGAGCAAUGAAACGGCAUGGCCCACACCAUGAAGCUGUGAAAUCAACCACCACUUUCUUAAAAUCGAGGCCCUUCUGGAGCUGCACUUUCCAGUCAUCAACGGAGUGGACGCUAAUCACUUGUCCUUCCUCAGCUGCUGCCGCUGCCAUUUUUUCAAUUACAGACAAAAAAGAAAAAUCGAAAUUUUUUCAGAUGUUCUUUUUUAUGGCGUUUCCUGUAAGCAAAGAAUAAGGGCCUCCCUUAUUUAUACAGCUG